CCCGCGCUGCCAUGGCAACAGUGUCCACCGCGGCCCCGGCCAAGCUGCUGCUCCGGCGGGACCGAGGCAGGACCGCGGGCCCGGGCCUGGGCCCUCCGCCGCCGCCGCCGCCGCCUUCGCUGCCGCCGCCCCCAGCUCCACAUUCCCCUGCUCGGGCCUGCGGCCGGGGCCACCCCCAUGCCGAAGAUGAAGGCACUGCAGUGCGCCCUGGCUCUGGAGAUCCGCUCCGUAUCUUGUCCACGUCUGCAGCUGAAAGACAAGGAGGACGUCUAUCUCAGCGUUUGUGUGUUUGGCCAGUACAAAAAGACACAAUGUGUCCCUCCUAUCUUUCCGCUGGUCUUCAAUGCCAGAAUGGUGUUUGAAAAGGUGUUCCCUGAUGCCAUAGACCCAGGAGAUGUAGUAGCACAACUCGAAUACGACACAGCCGUGUUUGAGUUGAUACAGCUUGUUCUGCCAGUGGGUGAAACGCUCUCUAUGUAUGAGGAAAACACAAGAGACUUCAUGUUCCCCAGUCCAAAGCAAAUGUCUGGACACCAUGAUUCAAACCGCCAAGUGAUGAUGCAAAGAAUUUCUGGCAUCAGGGGACUUGCUCCAAAGCUGGAAUUUUCUACCACCUCUGUGAUCACAGAAUGCCUGAUCAGCUCAAGGAGGUGUCGGGGCUUCCAGGCUCAGGAUAAGCCGUUAUACCAUGCCACCACCCCUCUUGAAAGGACCCAUGGUCGGAUACAAAUCAGAGGGCCAACGAGGUCAUCUAAGAAGAAGUCCAGGUCCCCCGAGAGACAGAAGUAUUGCGCCAACCCGCGGAACUAUGAGCAGCCCACCAUCUCAUCCAAGUCCCACUCCCCGUCCCCGUACACCAAGAGGCGGAUGUGCGAGCUGUCGGAAGACACCAGGCGGCGAUUGGCUCACCUCAACCUGGGACCCUAUGAGUUCAAAAAGGACACUGACAAGCCUCCAUUUGUCAUCAGACAUGCUGACCCCCCAAGCCCCAAGCCUGAAGUUCUUCUUGGACCUAGUGGCAGAGAACCUUCAAGAGAAGGAUGGUGCAGGUUGCACAAUGAUCGUGCUCAUCUUGGCAGCUACCAAUCCAAGGACUAUAAGAUUACUAGGCCGUCUCACAUGAGAGAUCAGGAAGACUCUCUUGACAGAUGUGAAGAAUACCUUGCCCCAAGGCAGUCUAGGCCAUGCCAUCUGGACAGGGCUCUCCUGGUCCACUCAGCACCAUCAUCGAUGCAGAAGCGCUCUCCCAGCCCUGUGCUCAAUCAGCCGACUCUCAGGGAAAGAUAUCAUUCAGAUUGGUGCUCACCUUCAAACUCAGAUGAAAUACACGAGCGGGUAAAAAAGGUAUUGAAAUCACACGGGGCUCAUCAAAGAUAUCUAUAUGAUGAGAGAGACGAGGAAAAAGAUGAGGAGCUGGACCUGAAAAGAAGUUUUGCAUAUAAAGACUCCGCCUGUGAUAGCGAGCCCGCAUACAGUUCCGUGUAUAGGCCACGAGCCUUGGUCCACUUGGAUAAUAGCGAGUACUGGUCCAACCGAGCAGCAGCGUAUAAAGGAAAGUCCCAUCGAGGCAAAUUUGACAACAGCAUGGACAAGAUCUAUAGGAACUUAUACAGGAAAGCCUGCGGUUCCAGCACCCAGGAAAGCUUCUAAUGACACCUGCAACAGACUGCUUGCCCAUGCCUGCUUCCCAAUGAAAUCUGUUCAUAGAACCACUUUCUGUGUCUGUUUUCUGCCAGUGCAGGAUGCUCUUCUGGCCCGGAGGGCAGCCCAGAGCCGGCAUCUGGAGGGAGAGGUCUGAGGGGAGGCCAGGGCAGAGCAGGGGGGUGCUGUGCUUCUCCCCGGCUGGUGCCUCCCUCCUCUGCCUGACUGCCCAGUGCAGAGGCCACUGGGCUCUGAAAACAUUCCCUUGCCUCUCCUUUGUUACUGUCAGGAAAAGUCCUCCAGGUAAGAUGUCAGCACUGUGUGCCCCCAGUUACCCUGGCCUCGAGGUGUUCUGAGAGGUCUCGGGCACAUCCAUGGGGCUGCUCCCUCUGCCAGUGCUGAUGCCUCUCUCGUGGUUCUUAUCAUAUGUCCUGUCGAAGAUACCCCAUGGGCUGGAGACUUCCUCCUUGCAUCCCUGGGGCUUCCCCAUCUUGUCCCAAGAUCUCCCCGCACGUCACAUCCACCACCUCCUCUGCUUUGGGGUCUGGGGUCCUGGCCCCACUGGGAGGCUUGGGGGAGUUUGACUGGAUCAGCAUGGACCAGUCACUCCCCCAAUCUCUGUGACCCUCCCGUCUUGGGCUGAAGUUUGCUCACCUGCCCAAUGGAGAUGGACCAGGUGAUCUCUAAGGGUGCUUCCGUGAUCGCUCCAGGGACUUUGUUAGUGGGACGCUGGUCAUUCUGAUGAGGACACGCCUGUGCAGGCUGCACUCACAACCAGUGGCAGCCAGUUCCUGACUUACUGGAGAGGACUCAACUGGGUCAGCUGUUAGGGGGUCAGAGCCAUCCCCCUUGUGCCCCCAGAGCUGAGGACACACUCGGGUCCUGGAAGGGGGGAGCCCCCACUUGCCCUCCCCACCUCCCAACAUCUUGUUCCUAGGGAGUCCUGUGUGGAGAACGGACGGAUGGGUUCUCCUCCAGGGACUCGUUCCUCACUGCAACCCAAGAAGGUCGAUGAGGAAGUGUAUGCAUAACAGUCCUCGCCAUGUCACUCGUAGGAAAAUGGAAUCACAGCUGAAAAGCAUCCCAGAAGUUAUUUAGUCCUGAAAACAGAUGCUCAGCAUCCUCUCAAAGACCUGCAAUGAUGUGGAUUCUUAUCUGCCAACACAGAAGAAGCAACCUGUACUUGCGAAAGCUCUGAUUGUUAGGCAGUUUUUCCUCAUGUGGGUGGUAGGUGGCGCCAUCGUGCACAGAGUGCCAGCCCUAGAUCAGGAGGACCUGAGUUCAAAUGUGACUGACCACAGACACUUACUAGCUGUAUGACCCUGAGCAAA